AUGAGUUUCAGACAUGUCUUUCAAAAGUAUAUAGAUAAUGCAGAUGCAUGCCUGGAUCUAUUAUUGUAUAAGGAUGAAAAUGUCUUGAUAAUUAAAGAUGGAUUUCCCAAGGCAUUGAGACAUUACCUCAUAAUUCCAAAAUCGCCAGAUAAAACCCAAAUUCAUCCAUUGCUUGUAUUCCAAAAGGAUCCCCAAUUUUACAAAAUGAUCGAGGAGUACGUCACAAAGACGAAGAAACUUAUCAUGGAUGAUUUAUUUGCUGCAGGUCUUUUAAAGUUCGACAAAACCGAUACCUUGGCGACUCAUGAAUUUAUGAAUCGUUUCAUUAAAGCCGGAGUUCAUUCGAUCCCGUCCCUCAGCAACCUACACAUACACAUCAUCACACAGGAUUUCUAUUCGUCUCGUCUAAAACAUAAGAAGCACUACAAUUCGUUCACAACCGAGUUUUUUGUGGAGUUCUACCGUUUGGAGCCGCCACAGACUGAUUUGGAGGACCAGAUGGGGUAUGGAUACGAUUCGUCAUCCAGCCAAAAUACGGAUGAUGGACCAUACCCAACGCAAUCUAUUUCGGUCCGUCACGAAAUGGAUCCUCUGAAGCUACAAAAUGUCAUUUCCAAAUCGCCUCUAAAAUGUACUUAUUGUGGGGCCACCUUUGCAAAUAGGUUCGUACAUUUGAAGAAGCAUUUGCAGGAGGAGUUCGUAAAAAAAUUCGCUGUUGCUCCAGAAGACACUAAUUCAUGA